AUGACUUUUCUAUUAUUACUACGAAUUAUCAUAUCCCGAUGUGCUAAGGAUGAAGAUGAAGAUGUAAGAGCACUAAAUCGAAUAAAAACAAUUAUACGAACAAGGACUGGCAGUGAUAUAAUAAAACAACAGCAACGAAAUUGUGACGAGGAAAAAGCAAUAGAGACCAAAUUCCUAUCAAUAGAACGUAAAAAUUCAAAUAAACCAAUGAAAUCGGCGACAACUGAUGGUAAGCAUGAAGAACUGAAUAAAUUAUUGGAUGAAUGCGCGAAAUGGGCUGAACGACCUGAUGUUCAUCCGAAAGCAGUCGACGAGGUUAUUCUAAUGGUGGAAGGGUUAGAAAGUGAUUGGAAAAAUGGUGAAAUGGUGAAAUAA